CAUCUAUAUAUAACUCGCAUACAUGUUUCUGUUAUAUUCAGUGAGUUGUUGAACUUUGCGUAUUAUAUCGAAAUAAAUAUUACAAAUAAAAUACCCAUAAACGUUAAUUACUAAGACAUAUCACAAUGAGUGUGGGUGAAAUAAUAACUUUUGAUGGACCAUAUACAACAAAGAAAUAUAAUCGGUUUUUUAAUCCAAACAUUUGUCAUGUUUGCAAAUUGCCUAGCAAAAAUUUAAUACCGUGUAAUAAGUGCUAUAUGGUUUCUUAUUGUUCCAAGAAACAUGAAAAGAUACAUGAAGACUCACAUCUGGCAUUCUGCAAAAUUCUAACAAGGAUAAUAGGAGACAAAUCGGAUUGGAACACAUGUCGUGAUUGGACAAAAUGGAUGGAAACACGAUUGGAAAUUUUAAGUAAAAUCACAAAAGUUCAGAUCACAAUAUACGAGCACGAUUUAGAAUUAAUAAUAUGCGCAAAAUCAUGUUUCAAGUGUUAUCGACAGAUAAACAUAAAGCCAUGCGUCAUUUGCUAUUCAGCUAAUUUUUGUGAUGAUCACCAAAUGCUAUUUAAUCUAGUACAUAAUGAUAUCUGUAAAGAGCUGUUACUAUCACUGAACAUUAAUAUCGCCUGUAUAAAAGGUAUUUAGUCAUGGAAGAUCUAGAUAAUAAUAAAAAAAAAUUUUACUCCCCUAUCCAAAGUUUCUGGACAUUAGAACAUUAUGUGUGUUCGGAUUUUGUAACCGGUCCUCUGACAUUAUACUACGCGUUACAAGAAUCAAAAUUGUUAUUUCUCCCGAGUAAUGAUUAUAAAUUUAUUGUCCAUAUUAUAGAUGCAACUAAAACAGAUGUAAUGUGUUUAGCAGUUUGGCAUAUUUUCCUACAUAUCUUUUCUAAUAUAAAAGAACUAUAUAUUGUAUUUAUAAAAUCGCCAAUAUUCGAUUCGUGUGAAGUAGGGACUGUUUGUUCAAGGUGCCGUAAUUAUAAUCAGAAACUUUAUGUUGAAAAUGUGUCAGAACCGUACCACAAAUAUGCGUGCUUAGAGUCAUUCAAACUACCUAAUGUGAUCAUUAUACUGGACAUGAAUUUCUAUGUGGGAGGAACUUGGUGUGAAUCUAUAUCAACAAUAAUAGCACAAAAAUGUCCUUUACUUUUUACCGCUUUUCAUGAAAAUAAAAUGAAAUGCGUUAUAAAAAAGAUGCAAGAAGUAACAGGUGCAACAAGAAAUCAACUGAACAGAAAAAAUAAAUUCCGCGGUUGUAGGCCAUAUAGAAACUGUGUGAAUGGUGGAGUGUAUUACCGAAAUCAGUAUUUUAUUAUAUAUUCAUGAAUUUAAAUCACUUAACCCAACCAAUCACAGGCUGAAGAUCAGGAUUUAUUUUAUCAUAGUUUUCGUUUCAGUAUAAUAUAGUAUUGUAGAUCAUCCGUAUUCUUUAGAUAAUAGGUGAUAGAAUAUUUGAAAUAUAUUUUAUAUAGAUAAUAAUUCUUAUGCUAUACCUUUAACGAUAUACGUAACCCAUUGAAUGUUUUACGAUUUUUAUGUUUUAAAUUGUCAAAGUAUAUUAAAAAGUAUAAAAAUAAAAACUUAGAACUAUUAGUAUCUUCCAAGUUUUGUAUCUGUUAUUGUAAAUUAAGUACAAGUUUAAACAAAGUUGCCAAUAAAAUCUAUAUUUUUUAAUAUUA